CCUUCUGGCAACAAUAAGCAACGAAUCCAGUUUGCUCCUGCACAAGUAUCUGCUAUCAUCAAUUCUAUUCAACAGAAGAACCCCAACUUGCCCCGUGAUCAGGUAGCAAAAUUGGCCGCGUCGUACUUGGCCAAUAUCCAGCAGCAGCAGAAAAUGCAACAGCAGAAAAUGCAACAGCAGCAACAGCAGCAACAGCAACAACAGAGGCUUCAACAAGGUGCUUCCAACCAGCAGAUGCAACAACGAAACGUUCAAGGCCAACCGGUAGCGAACUUGACUCCUCAAGAGCGCAGCCAGCUACAAAUGUUGAAGGCUGCGAGAACCCAACAGCAGCAGCAGCAGCAAAUGAGAAUGACCCAGCAACAGCAACAGCAGUUAGCUCAGCAGAUUGGAUUAAACGGGUCGCCGGUGAUGGCCAACCCGAGUGCAAAUAAUAUGAAUUCCUCGAAGCUCGAUUAUGAGCAGCGUAAGCGCAUGCUUUUGCAGAAACAACAGUUGCAACAACAACAAUAUAGACAGCGGAUGGGCCAAAACCCCCCACCCGGUGCCAAUUCUGGCACCAGCUCAACCCCAGGAUCAGGCUCCGGCUCCCUGUCGGCUUCUCGUUCCGGGUCUAGUCUGCUGAAGUAAAGAACAUAUUUCUAUACAUCUCGUAUAUAGCCCUCAAACGGUUCUGCAGAUCAUCGCGAACUCACACAAUAGAAAACCAC